AAAAAAAAAAAAAAAAAGAUGUCCAGCAACAGGAACGAUGCUUCGGGGACCGGCGGUCAUGUAGAUGACAUUUUGAGGUCAGCUCGUCACUUAAUACAGCUACUCAACCCAUCUGAUAGAGAAAGCGGAAAUCAGAACUUGAGAGAACAGAGACAGACAGAAAACAGACCAUCUCUCCAGAUGGAACUGACCAGGUCCUUUCCUGGUAUUUUUACCAGGGGAAGAGGAAAGAGGCGCUUUCCUGCAGCAAGCCCUGUUCCUGCCAAGAAGCCGAAACCUUUUGAUCUUGGUUUCUAUUUGUUGCCAAAACGAUACGACAAAAGCCCAAAAGAGCAGGAGCAAGUAGUCCAUCUGCAGGCAGGACUGGGUCGUAGGACUGCUCAUCUAGAUGAGAGCAUGACACAUGAAGAGUUAUGUGAUGCCCUCAAAGUUUUAUUCCCAAAACUGGAGACAGUUGCUGGUGGGUGGCUGCUAUACAAAGCUUCAGCUGGAUGGGGUAGUCGCCAGCUGUCUCUUGUGGCUCCUGAUGAUACUGGCUAUACAGGUGUAAUGUUGAAGUCUGUCACUCGUGGAGUAAAAUGUCUGUUCAUAGCCCCAAUUCAAGAAGAACUGAGUACAAAUCCCCUACCACUAACUGAUGAAGCAUUCAGUAAGAUGCCAAAAGCCACAUGUCAGAAGUGUGGAGUAGCAAUUCCUCUUCCGCUCCUGACAGAACACAUCAAGACAUGUAAUGUUAUUGAUGUUGACAGUGACGAUACUGUGGCUAAUGUGGAUACCGCAGAUAUGCAGGAAUGUCCCAUCUGCACAAAUGCGUUUUGUGCUGACGUCAUUGAAGUACAUGCUUCCUCAUGUGUGGCAAGGCUGGUUAACUGUCACUGACCCGACCAAGGCCAUAUCUGAGUGUGCUGACAGUUUUCUACGUGUUCAUGAAAUGGAGAGUCCCUUACUGCUCAGCAUGGACAUCAGAAAAAGCCUUGCUGAACAGGACAUGGCACUUAUCUCCAUCUACAAGCGACCUAACUUGGAAUGGGGACGACCCCUGAAUUGCCAACUUGAAGGAGAUCCUGCUAUUGGACAUGGUGUGAAUCGUUUUUUUUUCUCAACAUGCAUGGAGAAGCUGAGGUCAGGGUUUUGCAUCAAUUUUGCAAAUUCAAACCAUACACGACUUUUUGAUGGAGAGCCCGGCCAUCUAGUCCCCUCAGCCUCUCACUUUCUUGUUGAAAGUGAUAUGUUCAUGGUGGCAGGGAGAGUGAUAGGCCACUCUUUCCUCCAUGGAGGACCAUGCCUGCAGGGACUCAGCCGUGCUGUCGUUCAUGUCCUGAUGGGUGGAAGUCCUGAAACGGCGACCGUCACACUGGAGGACUGUCCGGACCUGGACAUUAGAGGCACCAUCAGUCUUCUUGAAGGGGGAUCCAUGCUGUCAGAAAAGGACAAACAAAGUGUCCAGGAACUGGCUUAUGCUUGGGACCUCCCUCCCCUCACCGAAAACAACAGGCGGUGGCUUUUUGACAAGCUGCUGAUCCACGCUGUAAUAGGACAUGUCAUGAGGCAAAUCAAGCAACUGAGACGAGGGCUUAAGGAAACCCCACUGUGGACACUAGCGACCCAAAGACCUGACACGGUGGCCUUGCUCUUUCCUCAAGAGACAACAGGGAAUAUCAGCACUGAGGUGCUUCUUCAGCGUAUAACAUGGCCUUGUGAGGAAGACAGUGAUGACGAUGACUGCUCUGUGGAAACCAGAUGCCGCGUGUCAAGCUAUUUACGGCAGUUCAUCACCAAUGCAAAACCAACUGAACUGACCAGCCUGGUCAAAUUCUGGACUGGAUGGGAGGUUCUCCCUCCAAGUCUCUCUGUACAAGUAAUUAGUGCUGGGCGAUAA